GUCACCGUGACGUCACGGCGGAGUUGCCAUGGCGGCGCUGAGCGACCUGGCGUCGGCGCUGGAGUCGUAUAGGGGUCGGGACCGCCUGAUCCGAACACUGGGAUACGGCUGCCAGCUGGUGGGCGGGGUCCUGGUGGAACAAGGUCCGGCCAGGUCAGAAUUGGGGACCCGCCUGCUGGCGCUGGCCUCCCAGCUCAGCCACUGCAGGACCGUGCUGCGACUCUUUGAUGACCUGGCCAUGUUUGUCUACACUAAGCAGUAUGGCCUGGGACCCAAGGAAGAGGACACCUUUGUCCGCUGCGUCUCGGUGCUGGGCAACCUGGCUGACCAGCUCUACUACCCCUGUGAGCACGUGGCCUGGGCUGCCGACGCCAAAAUCCUGCACCUACGCUCGACCCGAUGGUGGACACUGAGCACGGCUUUCUGGGCCCUCUCCCUGCUCCUGGGCAUUGUCAGGUCUCUGUGGGUGAUGCAGAAGCUGAGGCAGAAGCUGAGGAGUCCCUCGGCAGCGUUCACGAGCCGGCUGCCCCGGAGCAAGCGGCGGACGCCCGAGACGCAGCUGCGCGCGGAGCUCCUGGCGCUGGUCAGCAACCUGGCCGACCUGGCCAACGCCGUGCACUGGCUGCCGCCCGGUGUCCUGUGGGCCGGCCGCUUCCCGCCCUGGCUGGUGGGCCUCCUGGGCACCGUCUCCUCCCUCCUCAGCGUGUACCAGGCGGUUCGGGCGGGGGCCCAGGCUGAGACCGUCACCCCCUGAGCCGGCCACGGAAGGAGCGGCCGGAUUAGCCCCAACAGUGGGACCCUAUCCCCCAGGCAGCAAUCACUGGGGCAGGGGCUGUAAUUAAGCAAAUCAAAGCAGGUGC